CUCUCCAGCGCACACUCCCGCGUGCCCUCAGACACGGAGCAACACUUGCUUCGAUACCCGCUCAGCCUUCAGCCGGUGUGCGUGGGAGUGCAAUCAUCUCUACACCAAAACAUUGCACUCCAGCAUCAAGAAAAGCCACUCUCACUCCUCGGGACUGAAACAAGCUCCUGUGAGUGAUGCCUCAUCCUGUGUGAGGCUGCCGACCGGGAGCACACGGGAGAAAAAGGAGAGCUCCGACUCGCAGCCCAGACCCCGACCCCGUCCCGAAACCAAAAAGCAGCAGAUGUGACAGAGAAGGAGAGGCGGAGAGAAAGAAACACAAUCCCCCCCCCCCACCCCUCCUUCCCUCAUCUGGGAGAACAAUAACCAGCUUUCAGUUGGAGAGGGUCAGCUUUUGUCCCUCUCCCCACGCUCCCACUGAAGAGCGAGGAGCAGACAGACGAGCUGACACAUUGACCCGCUGCUUUGAGAGGAGGGGAUCGCGCAAAGCAGUCACUGCGCUUGGAAAGAUUUCAUUCAGUACUUGGACAGCUCCUGAGCAACCAGCCGGCCGAGUGUUUCCAUGAGUGUGUAGACAAUAUUGUUUUUGGUUCGGAGACUAAGACACCACAGAUGGAGCCCCCGUGUUCGCUCCAACUCGGCCCCUGUGGCCCCUGUGGCCCCUCUCCAUCCCUUGGAUCGCAGAGCAGCACUGCCGGCUUCGAGCAGCUGGAGGAAAAGCAGCUCUUUGAGAAGUUUUGGAGGGGGACUUUCAAGGCUGUGGCCACCCCGCGAGCGGAGAGCGUCAUUGUGGCCAGCAUCACCGCACACAGGAGGGUGACCAACUUGGAGACAGCCGCCUGCCAGCCGCUCAAGACUGAUGAGAGGAAAGUUGUGGACACCAGGGUGGACAGCGCGGACAGAAAUGGCUGCAUCAAAGGGAAAGGACGCAAACACCACAGUCAUCGCAGGGCCCGGAGCCCCUCCGUUGAUGAGGAGCUCUCCCCUCGGCCCAAGGGGAAGAAGAAAAAGCGAAAGUCUGAGCGUAAGAGGAAAAGGAAAAGGUCUCCUUCCUACAGCCUGUCCCCGCUGAGGAAGAAGAAAAAGAAGAAGAAGAAGAAGAGCUCCAAGAAAAGCAAACGGCAUAGGUAUACCUCCAAAAAGUCAAAGCACAGUUCUUCAAGUUUAAAACAUAAGAGGAAGGAUGAGCGCAAGCACAAGAAAAGUUCACGGACUCGGCGGAGGCGACGCUAUCGGAGGUCAGAGUCGGACAGUUCUUCUUACCGAUCGUCCGCAGAGGACAGACACCACCUGCAGAGAUCUGUUGUUCAUCACACAUUAGGAGACCUGGCAGCUGUAGUAGAGGAAAACAACGGAAUGCUUGACCAUACCGACCUGAAGUGGAGACCCGCCACCAAAUCAGUGUGUAAAACGGCUCCAAAAUAUCGCUCCAUCCUGUCCACCGCCACCAUUUUGUCACCAAAACCUGGAAACGAGCUUUUACACGGAAAAGAGUCUCAGCAUUUAUCGGGCCAGACCAAAGUUCCACACGAUUACGAUUCUGGGAAUGACACGUCUUCGCCUCCGUCAAGCAAAACUGGUGUUUUUCAGGCGAUUGUCACUGACAACAAGAGGAACCACUGCAAACGCCUGGCCUCGCCAGAGAAGCUGAAGUUCACUGACAGAGACAAUGCCUCUGAUUCAGGAAACUCUGUGACAAGCUACGCUUCCCUGUGCAAACCUUACAGAGAGGACAGCUUGUCUGCAACGCUUUUCAGUGGAAACGGCAAGAGAGAGCAGAUAACCUUGGGGUGCCGGGUAGAUGUUGUGAGAUCUCCAAAGACCUCCCACUGCUCUCGAAGGGCGAGGAAGUCGUCUCGAAGGCGACUGAAGGCCCGAUUAUCCAGCAGCAGGAGUAGGAGCAGAUCCUCAGGAAGUUCCAGAUAUUCCGGACGCUAUUCCCGAAGCCUGUCACGGUCAUCAUGCAGCUCAUACUCGAGUCAUUCAGCUGAUCUGAGGCGGCGAGGCAGCGUGGCUAGCCUGAGCUCUAGAGGAAGCCACUCCAGAUACAGUGCUGACAGAUUACGAGAAAGAAAGAGAACUCAUAGCUCCAGAGAUGCAGAUGUGAAGCAUGCACAAAAGGUUAGUGGGAAGAGACAAAGACGCAAAUCCUACUCUCCUAUGAAGAAGAGGAGAAGAGACUCACCGAGCCAUCUGGAAGCACGCCGGAUCACAAGUGCCAGGAAGCGGCCCAUCCCUUAUUUCCGCCCCAGUCCUUCUUCCAGCAGUCGGUCCACCAGCGUGUCGUCCUGGAGCAGCCUCUUCACCCGUAGCCGCAGCCGCAGUCCGAUACUCAGCCUCAGCAGGAGCAGGAGCCGGAGCCGGAGACACAGUUACUCCUCUUACAGGAGCUACAGCCGCAGUUCAUCCUGGAACUCCGUCUUUGGGAGUCGCAGCCGGAGUCGGAGUCGCUGUUCGUUACACAAACGCAGCAAAACAAGGCAUUAAGAUUUUAAGAGCAAGUUAAGGAAGCAAAGCACCAUUCUUGUUUCUAUUUCAGAGAGGACACUGGGUUGGAUUAACUGACUGUGUGCGUCUCUGUGCUGCGCUUCAACACUUAAGUGGAAAUGUCCCCACAGGGGUCCCACCAAGUAUUUUACUGAGGAAGGAGACUGAAUGUCUUUUUGUCUGUUUAAUAAUAGAAACUACACAUAACACAGAGACCGUGUUUAUGUAUUUGGUCCACACACAAUGUUGUUUUUUAUUUUAAUGUUCAAGCACUGCAUUAUUCUUUAAAAUAUAUGCUUUAAAAUGU